AAUACCGGGGAGGCCAAAUGGGCCCUAGGGACUUCCGUUCCUGUGGCCAGACCCUCCCGUCGCCCAGCUCAAGUUGGACUGGACUGUUUACACUAGCGGGGGGUGUGGAGGAAGGGCUGGGGGCAGCUUCCCGCCGCCUUGGGCACUGUUGCCCGGACCACUCCCGGCCCAGUAGUCGCUUGCAAGUCCAGCUACCUGGCCACGGCUGCCCGGCCCCCAGACUGCGGGAAAAGAAGGCUUCAUUGACUCUGGAGGGUCAGAGAAAGAGGGGGAGGUGGCUCGGCGGCGGCCCGCUCCACCAGACACGGGGGAGACCUAGAGGAGGGAACUGGCCAGGCAGGAAUGGAGGGAGAAAGCGGAAUGUGGGAGGGCUCAAGGGGACGUGGGAGGAACCAACGAAAGCGGGGGAGGAAAGGGGGGCCCAGUCUCCCCUGGCUGAUCACUUUUUUUUUAAUCACUAAAACUAAUCUCCAGGACCGGGACUCUUCUCCCAGCCUCCAGGGCCCUGCCAAAGGCCUCCCCUGCCAUGCAACCUAUCAAUGUCUGGCAGUGGAGCCCAUGGGGGCUGCUGCCGUGCCUGCUGUGCAGUUUGUGCUUGGGGUCUCCAUCACCUUCCACUGUCCCAGAGAAGAAGGCAGGAAGCCAAGGGCUAAGGUUCCGGCUGGCUGGCUUCCCCAGAAAGCCCUAUGAGGGGCGUGUGGAGAUCCAGAGAGCUGGUGAAUGGGGCACUAUCUGCGAUGAUGACUUCACACUGCAGGCUGCCCAUGUCCUCUGCAGAGAGCUGGGCUUCACAGAAGCUACAGGCUGGACCCACAGUGCCAAAUAUGGCCCUGGAACAGGCCGAAUCUGGCUAGACAACCUGAGCUGCAGUGGAGCUGAGCAGAGUGUGGCGGAAUGCACCUCUCGGGGCUGGGGAAAUAGUGACUGCACCCAUGAUGAGGACGCGGGGGUUAUCUGCAAGGACCAGCGUCUCCCUGGCUUCUCAGACUCCAACGUUAUUGAGGUAGAACAUCACCUGCAAGUGGAGGAGGUGCGACUUCGACCAGCUGUUGGGUGGGGCAGGCGACCCCUGCCUGUGACCGAGGGGCUGGUAGAAAUCAGGCUUCCCGACGGUUGGUCUCAAGUGUGUGACAAAGGCUGGAUCGCCCACAACAGCCGCGUGGUCUGCGGGAUGCUGGGCUUCCCGGGUGAGAAAAGGGUCAACACGGCCUUCUACAGAAAGUUGAGGAAGCGAGCGGCCAAAACCUCGGCCAGACGCCCCAAGUCCUUUGGAAGACCAAUCACCAAGUUUAAAGUCAAACCCAAGCCCCGAGUGGGUAGGGGGCCAAUCAAGAGACUGCUGGCCCAGCGGCAGCAACACUCCUUUGGUCUGCAUGGAGUGGCAUGCGUGGGCACAGAAGCCCACCUCUCCCUCUGUUCCUUGGAGUUCUAUCGUGCCAAUGACACCACCAGGUGCCCUGGAGGAGCCCCUGUGGUGGUGAGCUGCGUGCCUGGCCCUCUCUACACAGCAUCCACUGGCCAGAAGAAGCAACAACAGUCGAAGGUCCAGGGAGAGGCCCAUGUUCGUUUAAAGGGUGGAGCCCACCCUGGUGAGGGCAGGAUAGAAGUCCUGAGAGCUGGCACCUGGGGUACAGUUUGUGACCGCAAGUGGGACCUCCAGGCAGCUAGUGUCGUGUGUCGGGAGUUGGGCUUUGGCACUGCUCGAGAGGCUCUGACUGGUGCUCGCAUGGGACAGGGCAUGGGUGCCAUUCACUUGAGUGAAGUUCGAUGUUCUGGCCAGGAGCCCUCCCUCUGGAAGUGCUCGUACAAGAACAUUACAGCUGAGGACUGUUCCCAUAACCAGGAUGCUGGUGUCAGAUGCAACCUACCCUACACUGGGGUAGACACCAAGAUCCGACUCAGUGGGGGCCGCAGCCGAUAUGAGGGGAGAGUCGAAGUGCAAAUAGGAGGACCUGGGCAUCUUCACUGGGGUCUCAUCUGUGGGGAUGACUGGGGAACAUUGGAGGCCAUGGUAGCCUGUAGGCAACUUGGUCUGGGCUAUGCCAAUCAUGGGCUGCAGGAGACCUGGUACUGGGACUCAGGGAAUAUCACCGAGGUGGUGAUGAGUGGAGUGCAUUGCACAGGGACCGAGCUAUCCCUGGACCAAUGCUCCCAUCACAGCAGUCACAUCACCUGCAAGAGGACAGGAACCCGUUUCACAGCUGGAGUCAUCUGUUCUGAGACUGCCUCAGAUCUGCUACUGCACUCUGCACUGGUACAGGAGACAGCCUACAUCGAGGACCGGCCCCUGCACAUGUUGUACUGUGCCGCUGAAGAGAACUGCCUGGCCAGCUCUGCCCGCUCGGCCAACUGGCCUUAUGGCCACCGGCGUCUACUCCGAUUCUCCUCUCAGAUCCACAACUUGGGACGAGCUGAUUUUAGGCCCAAGGCUGGGCGCCACUCCUGGGUGUGGCAUGAGUGUCAUGGGCAUUACCACAGUAUGGACAUCUUCACUCACUAUGAUAUCUUGACCCCCAAUGGCACCAAGGUGGCUGAGGGCCACAAAGCUAGUUUCUGUCUAGAAGACACCGAGUGUCAGGAGGAUGUCUCCAAGAGGUAUGAAUGUGCCAACUUUGGAGAGCAAGGCAUCACUGUGGGUUGCUGGGAUCUCUACAGGCAUGACAUUGACUGCCAGUGGAUUGACAUCACAGACUUGAAGCCAGGAAACUACAUUCUCCAGGUGGUCAUCAACCCAAAUUUUGAAGUAGCAGAGAGUGAUUUCACCAACAAUGCAAUGAAAUGUAACUGCAAAUAUGAUGGACAUCGUAUCUGGGUGCACAACUGCCACAUUGGUGACGCCUUCAGUGAAGAGGCCAACAGGAGGUUUGAGCGCUAUCCUGGCCAGACCAGUAACCAGAUCGUCUAAGUGCCACCACCCUCCUCUGCAAACCACCACUGACCCCUCAAUGGCAGGGGUCUAAGGCUGCCUUUACCUCAGGAGCUUACCAUGGAACUCCUGACAUCAGCAAGCCCUUCACACUCAUCACCUGGCACUAUGGGUGUGGAACUCUCAAAAGUCAUCACCUUCCUUCCCAGGCCAGCUGUCAGCAUCUGUGGCCCAGCAUGGGGAAUGCCCAGGCCCAACACCGGACAGAGCACACAACAAAGAGCAGUACCUGAACCAUUGCCCAGAGCAACAGGUGGCAGCAGCUCAUUUUCUUGAAUAGCAAAGUCAGCAAAGUUCCUUGUAGCUCUCCUAAGUUCAGGAGGAAUACAGCCUUACCUCUAGCCUUCUGGUGAGGAAAAAUAUCCAGCUCCCACCCCCUACUUUUGAACGAUAACAUGUUCCUAGGUAUAAUUUUAUUUUGUAUAAAAAGUGUUCAAUUCUU